AUGAAUUCACAAAAGACAUUGGAGCCCCCAGGCGCAAAUUCAGAACAUCGAGGACCGGCAGGCAAGUAUGGCUUCGAGGAGCAGUGCAACGAGCGGUUGGGCUCUCUGGGUCGGAAAACCUUCGACCUGUACCAGAAGACCUUCGAGUGGCUGCCGCUGGCGUGCCUCAUCGAAGACCAGAUCCUCACGGUGCACGGGGGCAUCGGCGACGGGAAGUGGACCAUCGCGGAGCUGUCCUGCGUGAAGCGGCCCCUCCAGUCGGAAGACUUCCAGGCCCCCGGCCGGCGGUGGCUGUACAACAUCCUGUGGUCCGACCCCAUCCCGGAGGACAGCAGCACCGACGUGGGGCUCUUCGGGGUCCACAGCUCUCCGCGCACGGACCUGGCGCUGCAGUUCGGGUGGAACAUCACCAAGACCUUCUGCGCCCUGAACGGCAUCGCUCUGAUUGUCCGAAGCCACCAAUGCGUGGAGGGCGGCAAAGGCUUCGAGGUGAUGCACGACCAGCACCUGGUCCGAGUCUUCUCUGCCCGAGACUACGAGGGCCACCGCAACGAUGCAGCCACUCUUCAUAUCGAGAAGGGGAGGAACGACGGCCUGGGUCUCAGCGUGCGGGCCCAGUGCUUGCGGAGCUUCACCCAAAGCAGCACCCCCACGAGCACCCGCAGCCCCGGGGUGCACAGCCGAUGCUCGGAUCUGUGCUGGGCAGACCUCAGCCUUCUUGCACGGCAAGAGCUCACCUCUUGCCUUGAGGCCCUGGCCGCUGCCCUGGUGGUCCUUGCGCUGGCAAGCCGGCUGCAGGCCACAGCCCAGACGGCCGCCGGCUUGAGGCACCUCUCACAGGCGCUGGACAGCAACGUCACUUGCGCAGAGGUGGCGUCCCUGAGCUAUGGCUGCUGCCUGCUGGAGCAGGUGCAGGCUGGCGGUGCAAAAGCGGCAGGCAGCGUGGAGGGCGCGCUGGUGCAGCGAAGCUGGUGCGAAGCCCCAGAGGGCUUGGUCUUCGUGGCGCCGCCACGUGCGCCUGCGCGGGCGUCGGCUAGGGGUCUGGUGACCCUCCAGGCCGAUGCGGAGCCCGAGCCGGACGAGAAGAGGUCAUGGCCGGCACGGUACUUCCUGGCGGCGAAGGAUGCCAUUCAGACGGCGCUGUUCGGAUCUCCCGAGUCUCCCGAGACGGCGACCGCGCCGCACAACCCGUUGGAAGGGGUGACCGGGGUGAUCUUGAACGCCACCUCCACGGCCGUGAGUGGUGCAACCUCCGGAGUCAAGGCGGUGGAAGCGGCCGCAGGCUCUUGUGGAAGCUGGUGCGGCUCUAGGUUGCAGGAGCUAGGAUCAGCGCUCCACCUCACCUCGGAGUCUGGAGGCUCUGCAGAAGUUGCAGCGGCGGAUGCGAGCGAGGCGCCUGAAGCCCCCGCUGGCGGGGGGUUGUUCCAGGAAGCGCCGGACUCCGGCGCUCAGCCCGGCGACUUCUUCCUUUUUAUCAAGGACUACAGCUGGAGCCUCCGCUACCGCGUGAGGAAUCAGUCGGACUCUGUAGACAUCGAGAGGCCCCUGCUUCUCGACUGGAUCAAGUUGCGGCAGCCGGUGCGAGACCCCAAUGACGUGCUGGAGAUUCCGAGCUCCGAUCUCUUUGAUUGGGACGUGGUGGAACCGCCCAGACACAAAGGCUUCAUGUAUCAGGCGCUGCGGCGACGCCUCGAGGCCCUCGCGGACCGCUCCGUGGCCCGGGCGCUGGCCGCGAAGUUCUCGAGGCCCUCGCAGGCCUGGCGGGCGCUGCAGGAGGAGGGGAGGAGCUUCGGCUGCGAAGAGCUGGAGCCGGACUGCGUGGCCCAGGGCGGUUGGAGCCUUGAAACCAAGGCGCGGCUGCUGGACGCCGCGGGGGACGCCUUGGCGUCGCUGCGGCGCUUCGCCGCAGCCAAGGCGCGGCACGAGGCCGCGCUGGCGGCGAAGCGGCGCCGGUUAGGCCGCGGCGGCGGGGCCGCGGCGACGGACCUGGUGACCUCAUAUGCCGCGCUGGCCAUGGAUGACCAAAACCUCUUCCAGCCGGAGGAGGCCUUGAAGUGGCUCCGGGAGGCGCAGGCCUUGGCCCCUCAGCUGCCGAAGAAGGCGCUGGCGGUGCUGUACCAACAGGAGGCGAAGAUCCACGAGUGCCAGGAGGACUACGUCUCGGCGCUCUUCGUGUUCCAGCACGGCCUGAAGAUCCAUCGAUCCGAGGAUCCGGCGCGGAGGGUGGUGCACAUGGAGUUGCUGAAGCAGGCGCUGGCGGGCGAUGGCGUGCCGCCGGCGGUGGCUGCGUCCAUGCAGCGGGAGGCGGAGGACUUGGCGCGGGCCUUGGUCCAGGGAGGCCAUGGGCGUGUGGGCCAGUUCCCCCGGAGCUUCGUGCCGGGUCUGUCGGCUCGUCCCUGGUGGCCCGUGGAAGCGGAGCUUUGGGACGCUGGACACCCGGAGCUGCCGGAGGUCCCGUGGCAGUCGGCGGCCCUGGCGGAGGUGCGAGCGGCGAAGGACCACCUGCUGCAGGAGUACCAGGAUCUGAAGGCGCGGGAUCUGCUGGACACGGACCGGGAGUGCAUCGCCUCAAGCGGCGAAAUGUGGCGGAGCUUUCAGGUGGAGGCGCCCUGGCGCCAGGAGACCUGCGAGGAAGCCUCCGUAACGCCGGUGGCCUGCCGCCUGCUGGCGGCUCUGCGGGGAAAGGAGGGCGGCGUCGCAGCGCCGCUGCUGCGGGGCGGCUACUCGGCGGUGGCGGCGAAGGGACGGCUGCGGCCGCACUUCGGCACCAGCAACGCCCAGCUGAAGUGGCACCUGGGGCUGGCCAUCCCUUCUGAUGGCGGCAAGCCCUGCGCGUGGCUGCGGGUGGGCAACGAGACCAGGGCCUGGCGGGAGGGCGAAGUGCUCUUCUUCGACGACUCCUUCGAGCACGAGGUCUCCAACACCUGUUCGGAAGAGCGCGUGGUCUUCCAGCUGGUCUUUGCGCAUCCGGACCUGCAGCGCCACAGCUGA